AUGUCCAGUUCGCCCCCAGAUAUCUCGUCGCUCACUCUCAACUCAAGAGCCUCUCAGCAGCAUCUCCAUGACUCUUAUGAUUACGACGGUCGCUCUCAGCCAUAUCACUUUGCCACUACCCAGGGUCUCCAGCAGUCCCCCUACAACCAUCUUGCCAGCAUCGCCCAGUCGCCCCUCAAGAACAAGCCUGUCCGCAGUGCUCUUCCUUCUCAAUGGCUCGACAACAACUCGUCCGACAGUCGCUCUCUUUCCCCUCAUAACAAUUCCGACUUUUCCUCGGGCGGUGGCUCCCCUCCGCUGGCUCAUCUCAAUCCCCCCAUUGGCCCUGGCUCUCCUGCCCAGCAGAAUCCAGACGACGAUGUCAUCCCCACCGCCAUAGUCAUUAAAAACAUUCCAUUUAACGUCAAACGUGAGACUCUGCUUGAUAUCAUCGCUUCUUUAUCUAUUCCCACUCCUUAUGCUUUCAAUUAUCACCUUGAUCAACAGGGUUCUUUCCGUGGCCUCGCUUUUGCAAACUUCCGUCAGGCUGCAGACGCAGACGCCGUCGUCGUCGCCCUCAAUGGCUUCGAUGUUCAGGGGCGCAAGUUGCGUGUAGAGUACAAAAAGGUCCUCCAGGCCGGUGAAAAGGAACGCAUUGAGCGCGAAAAGGCUAUUCGCAGGAUGCGCUCUAUGCAAAUCGAGAAGGAGCAGAACAACGUCAACUCAAUCUAUGAGGACUAUGGCACUCCUCUCGCUUCUUCUACUCUUUCUUCUGGAUUCGGUGCUCCUCAAAGGUCGUUCUCUACCAGUGGUGCGUACCAGCCUCAACAGCAGCAGUAUUCGCCUCCGGGUAUCUCUGCUAUGCCUACCCCUACCUAUCCGAUGCCACUUGCUUCAGCGCCUGCCGCUCCUUCUCAUCCUGCCCCUUCGGCAACUCCCAGCGUGUCUGAGAAAUCUGCCUCGAGCGAGCUUGACCUCAAUGACCCAUCCACCCUUGAGAUCUACUCUAGGAUCUUGCUUUUCAAGGACGACAGAAUGCGCGACGAACUGGCCUUUUCCCGAACUCUGUCCCCUAAGCAAAGACGUGUCGUCCAUCUGAUUGCUCAGAAGCUGGGUGUCUACCACUAUUCUGUGGGUGAAGGCGAUGAACGUUAUGCCGUUGUGACUAGAAUUGAUCCCCAAAGGCAACAGCAGCAGCAGCAACCCCAGCGCCAGCCUCACACUCUUUCUCGGGCACCCUCUGCAUAUCUUUCACCAAUUAGUCCUACUACCACCAUCAACUCUCUUCGGGUUAAGAAGUCUAUGCCUGACAUGAAGACACUCCAUCAACAGGCCCCACGCCUAAAUUCCCGUUCUUCCAACGGAAAUAUCCGAGAAGGUUACGCCACUAUUUCCUCGCCGUCUCGCAGGACAUCGGGUGGUUUUGGCUCGCUCUUCUCGAAUGGCAACGGUCCGUUCGGUGGCUCGAUUCCCCCUGUUCCUAGCCUGCCUCCUUCUCUCGGGUCCGCCACGCUGAACGGAGGCAGCAUCGAUAACAACUCUGGUGGCGGUGUCUUGCGCCAACCUCGCGGGCCCGGUGUCGGUGGAUUCGGCAGGCGUGACAGCAGGAUAGGGGUUAGCGAGUCCCAAGUUUCUGCGAGAGGUGGGCUUGAUGCUCAAACUUACGAACCACUGGAAAUCUGA